CGGUAUAGAUAGAGCCUCCAGUCUGAAAAGGGGCCAGUGUAAAUCGGCCUUCUGUCCGUGAGACGUCGAUCGUUCUUAUUGUCGUCGUCGAAUUUACUUCUGGUGUUACCCAUCUCUGUAUUUACAAAUAAUUUAAAUUGUAUCAAAUAUCACACUUAUUAUUUUUGACAAACAAUAUAAUAUCUAUCUACCAUUUGAUUGCUCCAAUUUAUCAUAUCGUAAAAAUAGAAAUACCAUUAAAAUCUAUCAGUAAAAAACGUGCUGGCAAUUCUUUGUGUUUAGAUAAAAGAUAAAUUACGAGGGAAUUCUUAUCAUAUUUAACACCAGUGUAUUAUUUGUAUCAACAUUUGAUAUAAUUUACAAUAAAUAUAUCGUGCAACGUGGUUCGUCCAUUAAUUUAAAUUUAAAUUUUCAUGUCCAUGCGCAUGUGUAAUGGAUGUUUUUAUCAGACCAUGAAUGUUAUCUAGUUCUAGUUUAAAAAUUCCCAUUUAAAAAGUUAUAAAUUUAUCAACAAGUAAGAUUUAAUAAAAUAAAAUAGGUCUGUGCCGCAACCUCGUGUACUCAGCUGACGCAUAUCGAAGCUAUUUCUGGAACUUUCCACUUCCCCUUACAGCUCAACCCUCGUGUCCUAACUAAACACCGCCUUUACUUUACACACAACAUACAUCUUUGUUCCUUUUAUACUUAACAAUUUUUACAGCUUUGUAAUAUUAUACUAGGAAAAACUUUACCACUCUUCAAAGGUAACCUAGAGUUCAAGCCAAAGGUUCAGGAUCAGAUCCUGUUACAAAUAUUUACCGUUAGAAAUUUUAAUUCAAAGCAGAUAAUUUUAUUUACGGCUAAUUUUAGACAUCAUCACAUUGUGUACUUGUUCCGAGAAAAAAAAUUCAAUUCUACUGCAUUUAACAUUUAACAUAUAUUAAAUUUUCUGGCCUUGCUCUCCUGAUAAUGCUCUUGACCGAGUUUAUUUCAUGUAUAAAAAUUUAAAAUUCAAACUUGUUUACUUCAUAUUCAAUAAUUACUUAUACAUAUAUACAUACAUUUAAUUCACACAACUUAUCACGUGGUUUAAAACUAUUUACUCAGAUAAAAAUCUUUAAAUAUUAUUUUCUUAAUUGCAAUUACUUUGAAUGAAUAUAAUAAUAAUAAUAAUCAACACACAUAAAUAAUUAAAUUGCCACAACAUAUAUUUGUUAUUGUUAUAUAUAUUAUACUAAUACAACAACAGUUUAGUUUUGACGUACAACAUAAACUGUAAAAUGUAGAUAAACUAAAAGCUAACACUGGAAUAUCCGCACUGCGUCAGUGUGUCAUUUUCGAUAAUAAAUUCAAAAAGGAUAUUGUAUUACCAUUUUUAUCCUUAUAAAUUUAACAUACUUCACUUCAUGAAUUUUCACACAUCCUUAUUAUUUAUAAUUACAAUAAAUAUAAAUAUGUGUGAUAAAUAAGUGGUUACAUCACUUGAACUAGACCCAAUUAAUUCUUUUAACCCGCAUGCUGUGCAACAAAUGAAAUUUUAUUUGUAGUAAUGACUAUCUGAUUAAAUUUUAUUUUUAUGGCUGACAUACGGGGCUAGUAGGCCCUAUAAUUUAUUGAAUCGCACGUGCGAUUACACCGCCCGUAACCGAUGAGUGUUAGAUUGACAGGGGGUCAUAUGGUGAAGCAGAGGCGGUUUAUUGGUAAUACUAAUAACAAAAUGAUAAAUAUACGAGAAAAUUUAUUAGGCAUGAUCUAGAUAUUUGAGUGAUAAAUAAAUAAUAAAUAUUGUUUAUAACUAUAAAUUUUGAGCUAAAGGAAUAUUUAACGCUGCACAAAAUAAAUAUUAAAUUCUUCAUAAGGUAUUUUUAUUUUAUCGUGUACACAUAUUUACGGAAGUGGAUUUUUAUGCAUAUAUAAGGCAAGUAAAAGGCACUUACAUUACGUGGUGGCAUACGCAGGAGCUAAAUCUCAUUGUCACCAGAGGUGAAUAUUGAGAAUUUUCAAAGGGUGCUAGCAUCAUUGCUGCCUAGUAUUUCGUCUAAAAAUAAAUAAGAGAAAGAAACUUCCGAUGUUGUGAUUUUGAGGAAUAGUCAGUUUUUCCAUACAGAUGAAAAAAAAAAUAUUGUUUUUAUGUACAUAAGGCUCGAUAAAGAUUUCUAGAUAUGUAUAUAAAUUUACAUAUAGAUAUAUGUAAGCUUGUGAUCGAUUUUUGUGAUCUGGAGUUUUAUUGGAACAAACUUCUUGAUUGUUUUAUUUUAUAAAGGUUACGUACAGGAUUGAAAAAAAAUGAGAAUCUUUAAUUUUUCUGAAUCGUUCUCAAUACUACUAUAUACUAUAGUUAUAUAUUGGACGAUACUGAAAUGAUGAAAUAUCGAAUUCUUUUUAAUACUUUUGAAUUCCAUUAUAAGAAAGAGAAAUUUUUAGGUUUGCGAGACUGGAUAGUUUAAAAAAUAAGUUUGCAAAAGCCAAAGGAUAUAAGUGAUAUAAAAAUAUAAUUCAGUAUUUAAUUAGAAGUUUUCAAGUUGAUGAUUUUAAGGAUUAUUAAUAAAUAAAUAAAAGUCUACCAGAAUAUUUAAAUUGAAUAAUAUAUAGAUAUAAAAAACGUACAAAUAUUUUAUGGUUUAAACCAUCAGCAUAUUUUGUUAUUUCUGGAAUUUUAUUUACUUAUGCCGUCCAGGCAGUGUUUCAUCAUAAUGAGUUGUUAACUGAGAAUGCGCGAUGACGCAGCGAAUUUACCAGUGGUCCACGAACCCUCUCGAGGGAGCCCCGCAGAGUAUCCAAAUGGAGACUCCCAAGUCAAAAUCAAAUCGUCACGAAAAGAUCCCCUUGAGGUACACACAACAAGACAAGGAGAAGGAUAAAAAGGAAACUGAAUAUAUAUUGAAUGAUGAGCCAAUUGAAUUUGUUCCGCCGCAGACAAAGGAGGAGAAGCCAGCUCCAGAGGCACCAUCUUUACCACCCGUGCCUUAUUACAAACUCUUUCGAUUUGCGACAUUCGGCGAGUUGAUGUAUGUGCUUGGAGGCCUUUUCAUGGGCACCAUGACGGGCCUGUGUAUUCCAAUUGCAAAUAUACAGUAUGGUGAGUUCACUACACUUUUGGUGGAUCGUAAUAUGAAGAAUCAAACCAGUACACCCACUUACAUUAUGAAGAUGUUUGGUGGCGGAAAGGUCUUAGGACCUAAUGCAACGGAUAUAGAGAGAAUGAAUGCACUGUAUGAUGACUCAGUGGCCUUUGGCGUAUCCUGCGCAGCUCUAUCGACACUACAAUUUAUCUUCGCGAUAUUUACAGUGGAUCUUUUGAAUGUCGCCGCUUUUCGUCAAAUUCACAGGAUCCGACGUAUGUUUUUACAGGCAGUACUGAGACAGGAUAUGGCUUGGUACGACACCAAUACAUCGACCAACUUUGCCAGCAGAAUUACUGAGGAUUUAGAUAAAAUGAAAGAAGGAAUUGGUGAAAAAUUAGGUGUCUUUACGUAUUUAAUGGUCUCAUUUGUAUCAUCAAUAAUAGUGUCCUUUUAUUAUGGUUGGAAGCUUACACUAGUGGUACUGAGUUGUGCACCAGUAAUUGUCAUUGCCACAGCGAUCGUAGCCAAGGUCCAGAGCUCACUUACUGCAUUAGAAUUGACGGCCUAUGGUCAAGCGGGUAGUGUAGCUGAAGAGGUUCUUGGUGCGAUUCGUACGGUAGUGGCAUUUGGUGGUGAAAAAGUUGAAGUUGAUCGUUACACUGCCAAAUUAGUACCUGCUGAAGCGACUGGUAUUAAACGUGGAAUGUGGUCUGGAGUAGGCGGUGGUAUUAUGUGGUUUAUUAUUUAUCUGAGUUAUGCAGUCGCAUUCUGGUAUGGUGUACAGCUAAUUCUAGAUGACCGCCCGAAAGAAAUAAAAGAAUACACACCAGCAGUAUUGGUUAUUGUCUUCUUCGGUGUACUUGCUGGUGCACAGAACAUGGGACUAACUUCGCCACAUCUCGAAGCUUUUGCUGUGGCUCGUGCAUCUGCGGCCACUGUCUUCCAAGUGCUUGAUCGUAUUCCGACCAUUGACAGUCUGAGUACUGAAGGCCAGAAGCUCGCCAGCGUUAGCGGGGAAAUAGAAUUUAAAGACGUCCACUUCAGAUAUCCAGCACGUAAAGACGUUAAAGUCCUUCAGGGAUUAAAUUUGAAGAUCAGAAACGGAGAAACUGUUGCACUAGUCGGUGGAUCGGGGUGUGGUAAAUCCACGUGUCUUCAGCUUAUUCAACGUCUCUAUGAUCCUCUACAGGGACAGGUAAUGUUAGAUGGAGUUGACAUAUCCAAACUAAAUGUCGCAUGGAUGCGGUCGCACAUUGGUGUAGUUGGCCAAGAACCUGUGCUUUUUGAUACAACCAUAAGAGAGAAUAUACGAUACGGUAAUGACAGUGUCACAGAAGAGGAGAUGAUUAAAGCAGCUAAGGAAGCUAAUGCACACGACUUCAUUAGUAAAUUACCAGAGGGUUAUGACAGUCCUGUUGGUGAACGCGGAUCGCAAUUAUCAGGUGGACAGAAACAAAGAAUAGCAAUAGCCCGCGCGUUAGUCCGUAAGCCGAAAAUUUUGAUUUUGGACGAGGCGACAUCUGCGCUAGAUCUUCACAGUGAAGCAACAGUACAACGUGCACUUGACGCAGCUGCCAAAGGCAGAACAACAGUUGUUGUUACUCAUCGGCUCUCGACAAUCACAAAUGCCGAUAGGAUUGUCUUCAUUAAGGAUGGACAGGUGGCUGAAAUGGGAACACAUGAGGAAUUACUUGCAUUGGGAAAACAUUAUCACGGAUUAGUGUCUGCUGAUGCCAGUGAAACUGCCAAAGCUAAAGCAACAGCAACUGCGGCAAAAAGUACAGUGCCAGUUAAACCAAAAGCCAAACCACCAUUGAAAAAACAGUUCUCAACAUUGUCAAUGCAUUCACAUCGUUUGUCACUGGCCGGCGCAUCUACAACUUCUGAAGAAGAACUCGAUGAGCAUGAAAAAGCUUACGAAGCACCCAUGGGAAGAAUCUUCGGGCUCAACAAACCUGAGUGGCCAUUCAAUUUAAUUGGUUGUCUAGCAGCAGCAACAGUUGGUGCAUCAUUUCCAGCGUUUGCCAUGUUAUUUGGUGAUGUCUAUUAUGUCUUGGGUUUAGAAAAUCCGGAUGAAGUUCGCGAGAAGACAGUUACAUUCUCAAUUUACUUUGCCGUCGUCGGAGUGGUGACUGGAAUAGGAACCUUCUUGCAGAUGUACAUGUUUGGAUUGGCUGGUGUACGAAUGACUGCGCGUAUACGUAAAAUGACAUUCUCGGCGAUAUUGAAACAAGAAAUGGGAUGGUACGACGAGGAUACAAACAGUGUGGGUGCAUUGUGCGCUCGUUUGUCAUCAGAUGCGGCAGCUGUUCAAGGAGCAACUGGGAGUCGUAUUGGUGCUAUUCUUCAGGCAAUGUCAACACUGGUACUUGGAAUAGGUUUAUCAAUGUACUACUCGUGGAAAAUGACAUUAGUGUCUGUGAUAACAAUACCCCUAGUACUUGGAUCAGUGUUUUUUGAAGCUCGGAUAAUGGGUGGUCAAGGUUUACAAGAGAAGAAAAAAAUGGAAUGUGCGACUCGAAUAGCAGUCGAAGCUAUUUCUAAUAUUCGUACUGUUGCGAGUUUAGGUAAAGAACGCGCUUUUCUUGAGCGUUAUUGUAUUGAGUUAAACCAUGUUGCUGAAGCCACAAGAAUCAGGAAUCGUCUACGUGGUCUUGUAUUCUCAUGCGGGCAGACAAUCCCUUACUUUGGGUAUGCUCUCAGUCUCUAUUAUGGUGGUUAUCUUGCGGCCAGAGAAGAUCUAGCCUAUCAGGAUGUGAUAAAGGUUUCCGAGGCACUGAUCUUUGGUUCGUGGAUGCUCGGUCAGGCACUUGCUUUUGCUCCCAAUUUCAACACCGCUAAAAUAUCCGCUGGUAGAAUAUUUAGAUUAUUAGAUCGAGUGCCGGAAAUUAUAACACCGCCAGAAUUGGAAGGUAAAGAUUCUGACUGGAAGGCUGAUGGUUUGAUACAGUUUUCAAAAGUCGAAUUCCACUAUCCGACGCGUUCGGAGCAACAGAUUCUUCGCGGUCUCAAUCUUAUUGUUAAGCCUGGGCAGAUGGUAGCGCUUGUGGGUCAAAGUGGAUGCGGUAAAUCAACGUGCAUUCAAUUACUUCAGCGUUUGUAUGACCCGCUUACUGGCAGCGUUACAUUGGACCGUCGAGAUAUCACAUCAGUAUCUUUGUCCGCUCUACGUGCGCAGUUUGGUGUUGUAGGUCAAGAGCCAGUGCUGUUCGACCGCACUAUCGCUGAAAAUAUUAUGUACGGUGAUAACAAUCGGGUUAUCACGAUGGAUGAAGUUAUUGAGGCUGCAAAAAAAUCUAAUAUUCACAGUUUCAUCAGCUCUCUACCUUUGGGUUAUGAUACAAGACUUGGAAGCAAAGGAACGCAGCUCUCUGGUGGUCAGAAACAACGUAUCGCUAUUGCGCGUGCUUUGGUCAGGAACCCAAGAAUUUUACUUCUCGAUGAAGCAACAUCCGCACUUGACACGCAGAGUGAAAAGGUUGUUCAAGCGGCCCUGGAUAAAGCUAUGGAAGGGAGAACUUGCAUUACUAUAGCCCAUCGUCUGGCGACCAUAAGAAACGCGGACGUGAUUUGCGUCCUGGAAAAGGGUAUGGUCGCGGAGAUGGGUACUCACGAUGACCUCAUCGCUGCAGACGGUCUCUACGCUCACCUUCACGCUCUCCAGGAAGCAGCCAUGGAGUAAAUUUCCAAGUUCUCGGGGCUCCAAUAACAGUUUUAUUUAAAAAGUACAAUAUCCUUUAAUUUUUAUUCACUUUAUCCGUUUUAUUUUUUGUCAAACAAACGAGAUAAAAUGAGAAUUCACGAAAAACAAAAGUAACAAGACAAUUUAUAAAUCCCUUUAAAGCUAUAUUAUAACAUUAGUUAAAUCUCUAGUGUGCGCAUUUAAUCGUUAGGUAGAAGGUGUGUGAGAGAAGUAAAUGAACAAUGCACGGCUUAGUCGUUAAUUGAUGGAGCGCCGGGAACUUUAGGGCUCGUUAUACGACUUAAUUUUUUUUUUUGCCCGUUUACAUUUAUCAUAUCACAAGAAUCAUGACUACUUUCGUUUUAUUAUAUUUUUUUCUUUACUUCCUUUUUUUUUUGAUAAAAACAAUAAUCCUCAGCUUUUUGGAUGAUACUUUAAUCCCUUCUUAAUGUACGAUAAGAUUUAUUUUUAUAGUUCUUUAGGUUUUUAAAUUAGAUUUAACUAUUCGACAAAAAAAAAACAUGAUAUCAAGAGUGAUCAUUUAAGAAUCUGUUUAAACAUUAACUUUUUAUUUAAUUAUUAAAAUAACUGAUAUUUUUUUUUAACUCUUCUUGAUCAAUCGGUACUAUAUUAUUAAAAUGAUAAUCAAAUUUUUCGUUCUUUUGUUUUGGAUACAUUUCAAUUGCUCUAUAAAAGUAUUAUCUUGAUUCGCUUACGAGUUCAUGGCAGUCUCGCCAAAUAUUUAAAAAAAGUUGAUAAAAAAAAAAAAAUCUAUUGAACGAUUGUCGAGACGAAACAAUUGGAAUACUAUAUGUCUCUCCGUUGACGAAUCAAUCGAUUCUCUAGACAGAAAUAGAGUAGUUGCAUAAGGUCAUGCACCUCGAGUAAAAAGGUUCAAUAUCUUCAGAAAGUAACCUCAUAUAUUUAACUUUAUGUAUAUAUAUAUAUAUAUAUAUAUAUAUAUAUAUAUAUAUAUAUAUA